CGCUUUUUUGGAUGUGUGCCGUAAAUACCAGAGAUUAAGUAGUGUUCAAGGAGCCAUUUCAAGAUAACUAUUCGCUUCACUUUCUCAAACUCGGCAUAGUCAUUUUGAAGUCCUUCCACGACUACUAGCAUCUCCUAUGCAUUUCUUUGGGCAUUAUUUCGUGGAGAACCGGUGACAAUUCUGUUGCAUCCAGCCGCGGGUUGUUGCCUUUUGCAGACAUCCAUCUCUCACCCUUCUGCCGUGAGCCCGCCUUGUCAGGAUAGAAAGAGCAUUGGGGAAAAUAGAAGAUGAAAGCCAUACUUCAGCGCGUCCUAUCAGCUUCCGUCGCUGUUGACGAGAAGAUCGUGUCUAAAAUUGGCAAAGGUGUGCUUGUGUUUGCAGCUAUGGCACCUGGUGAUACGGAAAGGGAGGCAGAAUCCUUAGCCGCCAAGGUCCUGAAGUUGAAGCUUUGGGAUGAUGACUCAGGGGGGCGUUGGAAAAGGAGUGUUCAAGAUAUUGGCGGAGAAGUUCUAUGCGUCUCUCAAUUUACGCUUUUGGCCUCGACCAAGAAGGGUAACAAGCCAGACUUCCACGGCGCGAUGGGCGGAGACGACGCCAAGAAGCUAUAUGAGUACUUCUACAGCAAAGUACAAGAGGGAUACGUGGCAGAAAAGGUCAAGGAUGGCGUGUUUCAGGCCAUGAUGCAGGUUUCGUUGGUCAACGAUGGACCGGUAACAUUGGAAAUUUCGGUAUCUCCGAAGCAGGCGCCGCAGGGUACUAGUAAAGAGGAAAAGCCCCCAAAGGUUCGCGAGCCUUGAGGUGGACGGCGGACCGUGGC